CGCCAAACUAUUUGCUCUUCUUACGUACGCAUUUUGCGUUAGUCAGUAGUCAUCAUGGCGGACGUCUUGGAUCUUCACGAAGCGGGAGGCGAGGACUUUCCUAUGGAUGAGGAUGGCGAUGAAAGCAUCCAUAAAUUAAAAGAAAAAGCAAAGAAGAGGAAAGGACGAGGCUUUGGCUCAGAGGAAGGCGCAAGGUCCAGAAUCAAAGAGGAUUAUGACACGGUUGAGCAGGACGGAGAUGAGCCAGGCCCACAAAGAUCUGUGGAGGGCUGGAUUCUCUUUGUGACAGGUGUACAUGAAGAAGCCACAGAGGAAGACAUCCAUGACAAGUUUUCAGAGUUUGGAGAAAUCAAGAACCUGCAUCUCAACCUUGACCGUAGAACAGGCUACCUCAAAGGUUAUGCACUGGUGGAAUAUGAGACAUACAAGGAAGCCCAGGCAGCCAUGGAGGGGCUCAAUGGUCAGGACCUGAUGGGCCAGCCAAUCAGUGUCGACUGGGGAUUCGUCAGAGGUCCCAAAGAACAAGAGGAGGACUGGUGGAAGGAGACGCAGCAGAAGUCCAGACAGGAGGCGGCGUUGAGUUCAGCUGUAAUCGCUGGCUAAAGGAGUUGUCUGUCAUUUUGGCAGGCUCUUUAUAAUCCUGUCAUCCUCUCAUUAAGGAUCUAAUUCCUCUUUUUGUACCAUAUUUGCUGAUUUUAUUGUGCAGUUCUUUAUCUUGUUACUAGACAAGCAACAAAUUGCUGAACUGGUUUAAAAGAAGCAUUUUCAGUUUUUUGUAAACUGCUUAUGCUGUCAAUUCAACAGAUAGAUAUGAAUACUGCUCUUUCAGUUUGAGUUUUUUCUUUGAACAGCAGCUGAUAGGUUAAGCAUUUUGAUUUUGUUCUCUUUGUUCCCUAAUUGUGUUUCAGUUUGCUCAAUGUGACAUUCAUUUUAUUGUACUGAAGUGUUUUGUUUUAUAUUUCUUGGGGAAAUAUUAAACUUUUUAAAAGUUCA